AUGGCCUCUCCGCAGCACCAGCAGCUGCUCCGGCACAACACCGAGGUGAGCUGCGAGUCCAGCGGUGAUGGCAGCGUGGCGGUGCGGAUUAGUGGCAACAGUCCGCUCAAGCAGCAGCAGCAGCAGCAGCAUGGCCUCGACACGUCCGUUAAGCAAGGGUCCGCCGGCAGUGGCAAAACUGGAGGCUCAAAACCGUGCAAGAACAGCAUCUCCUCCAGCGACAGCUCAGGUGAAUCCGGCAUGCCCAGGGCUAUCAUGACGAGUCUUCGCAGCCAUAGGAAAGUACCCCAGCUGUUCGAGCGGUCGGCGGCACAGUGCUGGGACCCCAAAUUCGACUCGGCCAUCUUGGAGGAGGCGUGCCGGGAGCGGUGUUUCCCGCAGGCCCAGCGCCGGUUCCGCUACGUGCUCUUCUACCUGGCCACGGCCGCCGUCCUGUGGUGCGUCUAUUUCGGGGUCAACGCUCGCCGCUGCGACCCUGCCUUCUUCCUGGUCCCCGCCGCCUCUUUUCUGCUCUUUUGCCUCCUGCUCUUUCUGUUCACCUUCACCAGACCAUACGUGCUCCUCUACAACCAGGCCUCCCUGCUCCUCAUCACUGUGACCUUUGGCGUCACGCUGGCCCUGCAGCCGCAGACCUCGGACUUUGCCAGCCUCCAGAGGCUGACGGAGAGGAACCUUACCGGAGGAGACUCCUCGACAUUUGGGCCCGACGCCGCUGAUGCCGCCGAUGCCGCCUCCCAGCUGCCUCCUGCGCCCUGCAUCUCCACCGUGGGCACCUUCUCGCUGGGCAUGGAGGUGCUCCUGCUGCUCUACAGCGUGCUCCACCUGCGCCUGUACGCCUCGGUGCUGCUGGGCCUGCUCUACUCCGUGCUGUUCGAGGCCCUGGGCUGGCUGCACCUGGCGCCGGGCGGCGGCGGCGGGGGCGGGGGCGGGGGCGAGCUGGCGGACGAGGGCCUCCUGAGGAGGGCGGAGGCGCUGGAGGCCCUCUGGUGGCUGGUGCCGGCCAAGGUGCUGCUGCACCUGUGCGCCCACCUGAUCGGCAUCCACCUGUUCAUCAUGUCGGAGGUGCGCUCGCGCAGCACCUUCCUGAAGGUGGGCCAGGCCAUCAUGCACGGCAAGGAUCUGGAGGUGGAGAAGGCGCUGAAGGAGCGCAUGAUCCACUCGGUGAUGCCGCGGCGCGUGGCCGACGAGCUCAUGAAGCAGGGCGACGAGGAGAGCGAGAGCUCCGGCAAGCGCUACUCGUCCGGGAACGCGGGCGCGGCCGGCGGCGGGGGCGGGGGAGGGGGCCGCGGCGGAGGAGGGCCCGGCGGCGGCGGCGGCUCGUCGUCGUCCGGCUCGGGCGCCGCCACCUCGUCCAGCCCCAAGAGCCACAAGCGCAAGAAGACGUCCAUCCCGCGCAGCCAGUUCAUCUUCCGGCCGUUCAACAUGAAGCGCAUGGAGCCCGUCAGCAUCCUGUUCGCCGACAUCGUGGGCUUCACGCGCAUGAGCGCCAACAAGUCGGCGCCGGCGCUGGUGGGCCUCCUCAACGACCUGUUCGGCCGCUUCGACCGGCUGUGCGAGCUGACGCGCUGCGAGAAGAUCAGCACGCUGGGCGACUGCUACUACUGCGUGGCCGGCUGCCCCGAGCCGCAGCCCGACCACGCCUACUGCUGCGUGGAGAUGGGCCUGGGCAUGAUCACGGCCAUCGAGCAGUUCUGCCACGAGACCAAGGAGACGGUGGACAUGCGCGUGGGCGUGCACACGGGCACCGUGCUCUGUGGCAUCCUGGGCAUGGAGCGCUUCAAGUUCGACGUCUGGUCCAACGACGUCAACCUGGCCAACCUCAUGGAGCAGCUGGGCGUGGCCGGCAAGGUGCACCUGUCCGAGGCCACGGCCGGCUUCCUCGACGACCGCUACGAGCAGGAGGACGGCAGGGUGACGGCGCGCAUGGGACAGAACUUUGUGGCCGAGCAGCUGAAAGGGAUGAAGACCUACCUGAUCUCGGGGAGGAAGUGCGACCCGUCUCAGGCCCUGUUGAGCCCGUCGCCCAGAGCUCACACCCCCGACCCCGCCACCACCACCGGCCCUGCGGCCGCUGCCACCACCACCGCCGCCGAGCCGCGCUCCCACUCCCCCACGGGGCAGCAGACAGGGGCUGAGGGGGCCACACAGAACGGCGGUCAGGAGGAGCACAGGCCCAACAGCAGCAAGUUCCCAGCAGGCCGCAGCCCCAAGGCCCUGAACGGCCUCCUGAGCCCCCUGACGGAGGAGGCGGUGACGGCCAGUCAGACCUCCCUGUGCGAGAUGCUCCAGGAGAAGGAGGGAAAGAAGUGGACCUCGCUGAUCGGAGGGGAGCGCGACGGAGGACGAGUAGGCGGAGGAGGCAGCGGCGGAGGUGGCAGCGGAGGAGGAGGAGGCGGAGGA